AUGAAGGGCCUUGGUUUUCAAGAUGUUAUUAUUGGUUUGGAUCUUCAUGAUUUGUCAAGUGCAAUGAAGAAACCCACAGAUUGGCCUAGGUUUCGCAUCAUUCUGCAUCGUAUAAGGGUACUAUAUUCACACUUUACAUCAGUUGCAUUUGAAAUAGAAUUAGUAUCCUUAAAUAUUGUUGCUAGGGAAAUUGGAAAGAGUGUCUUCAGAGAUGGGAGGUUUCAAUCGUAUUUGGCACUGGCAGGCCCUGCAUGGCUGCAUUACUUAAUCAACAGAGAAGCUGGACUGUUUCACUCAUAG